GCGUGUUGCGUGUUUGGGAUUGUUGUGAUGGGAGGCCGCAGCCAUCUUGGAUCAGCGCGGCUCCACAGUGAGCAGCGGAAGGGGGACGGACGACGAUAACAGUGGAGCCACUUAGCUAAUGUUAGCCGUUCGGACAACACACACGCAAACUGUUUUCACCGUGCGGGGCGACUAUGCUUCACACACGCGCUGUUUUCUUCAGUGUUAGCCGUCGGUUUGCGUGCACAAAGGCAUGGGCAGAAACCGUUUGAAGCGUUUAUCGUUGUAGACGGUGCAGUUCGUCGGUAUAUCUUUUUACAUUUCUGAAUAGAGGAGUAACUAUGAAUGGAGGAUAAAUGUUUCCAAAGGCUGACAGCAGCAGUUUCGUCCUUUUCUCUCUUCUCUUCGUCCUCACUGUAACGGACCCACUACGGACAGGUCCACGGCUAGCUCUGGCAAGAUUAUUGUCAGAGCAGCGCUGCAGCCCCGGGCAGUUUGCCUGCCGCAGUGGGAAGAUGCAAUGUAUCCCCAUGUCCUGGCAGUGUGACGGCUGGACAGCAUGUGAGGACAAGAGUGACGAGAUGGACUGUCCCUCUAUAAAAGAGGAGAGGUUUCGCUUCGGUAACGGAUACGACCAGGUGGAAGAUGUCAUCGCCGUGGAUCCUCCUGUUCGCCUCAGCAGCAUCUCAAAGAAAUGCCCCAGUGGGUGGCAUCACUACGAGAAGACGGCCAGCUGUUACAAAGUCUACCUGAGGAAUGAGAACUACUGGCAGGCCGUGGACACCUGUCAGAGAGUCAACGGCUCGCUGGCUACGUUCGUGACCAACGAGGAGCUGCAGUUCAUACUGAAGAUCGAGGUGGACUUUGACGACUCGGUGUGUGAGCACAGAGAGCAGUGCAAGUUUUGGGUCGGUUACCAAUAUGUCAUCACCAAUCAGAACCACACUCUGGAGGGCCGCUGGGAGGUUGCAUACAAAGGAUCGAUGCAGGUGUUUCUACCACCAGAGGGUCUCACCAGUAUUGGGGAGACGUCUCCAUCACAGGACAACGUCUUCUGUGCCCAGCUGCAGCGCUUUCAGAUCAAAAGCAUGAAUGAACGAGGCCUGCACAGUUGGCACGCCGAGAACUGCUACAAAAAGUUCCCCUUCCUCUGCAAGAGGAGGCAAACGUGUGUGGAUAUCAAGGACAACGUCGUAAACGAGGGCUACUACUUCACUCCCAAGGGCGACGACCCGUGUCUGAGCUGCACGUGUCACGACGGCGAACCCGAGAUGUGCGUGGCAGCUCUGUGCGAGCGGCCGCAGGGCUGCCAGCAUUUCCGCAAGGACCCAAAGGAGUGCUGCAAGUUCACCUGCCUGGACCCAGAUGGAAACAGUCUGUUUGACUCCAUGGCCAGUGGGAUGAGACUGAUUGUCAGCUGCAUCUCGUCGUUCCUCAUCCUCUCUCUGCUGCUCUUCAUGGUGCACAGGCUGCGUCAGCGGAGGCGUGAACGCAUCGAAACACUGAUCGGAGGAAACCUGCAUCACUUUAACCUCGGACGACGAGUCCCGGGCUUCGACUACGGCCCGGACGCCUUCGGCACCGGCCUCACUCCCCUGCAUCUCUCCGACGACGGAGAAGGAGGCGCGUUUCAUUUCCAGGAGCCUCCGCCGCCGUACGCAGCCUACAAAUACCCGGACAUCCAGCAUCCUGACGACCCUCCACCUCCAUAUGAGGCCUCCAUCAACCCCGACAGCCUCCUCUAUGUUGAUCUGGGACAUCACGCUGGGGUUUCUAUGGUGCCCGGCCCAAUGAACGUCAUGGUGGACCGACUCCAGACCGAUAUCCCCAACAUGUCCUGCUCCGUGCCCGGCUCGGCUCCACCCACACAGGAGAGGGAGGACUCCAUUGACAGCAGCACCCUCCUGGUGGGGCCCGACACGCCGACAGAUGGCCACGUCCCCACCUCCAUGCCCGCAGACUGCACCUCCCUCAGCACGGUGGUAUAGGACUGCGGACGGACGGUGGGGAGCUGCACCCGGACAUUACCUGCUGUUAGUACACACGUGUGAGAGGACGGAGCAGCCCUCGGUUUCUUCGCGGUGUCACGCGGGUGGAGAUGGAUUUCCUCUCUCUGAAGACUGUGCAGUGAGAGCUGAGAAGAAGACGGAGAAGAACACUACAUUCAAGCAGAGAAAGCUGCAACUUUGACUUUCUGCGUAGACUGAGCAAAGCUUUUUGAAACAUCUCAGUUGGCCAAGAUUGGUCAAGAACGCCCUGAUGUAAAUAAGCCCCCUCAGGACCGUGCCAGUCAAGUUUGUAAUACUUGUUUGUUUCAGUCCAGCACAAGGCAACAAAAAUAAGAGAAAAGAAAAACAAAAAAAAAAGGCCAUGACGCCAGCUUUUGUUCCUCCUUCCUCGUUGUUUGCAACAUUCUGUCAUUGACCCGCAAUGUUCUCAUCAGAUCGCAGCAUGUCCCCCAACAAUCCUCGUUUGUCAUUAGUCUCAUACCUGACGCCGUCUUCCAUGUUUAUGAUACAUAUUUUCAGCAAAGCCACAUUUUGUAGUUCGGAGGUUUUAAUCUCGUGAAGAAGGUACGAUUUAGUUUCCUCCGAUUUUUUUCUAUGAGGUAAAGCUGACACAAGAUGUUGUGUAUCAGUGAAUGUUGUGGUACUGAUGGAUACUGAAUUUGAUAUUGUGUGUUUUGUUGGUUGUUGUUUUUUUGAAGAGUGGAGGCCGUGAUCUUUGGUUGUAUUGUUGCCGUGUAGAAACAGCCUGAUCCGAAAAGGCAGUAAAAGCUUUUCAAGUGCGAGUGUGAAGAUUUGGAGGACGACGGUGAAAUUCAUUAAGUUAAAUGAACGCAGAUGUUCUCGUUGUUACCUCAUCAACUCUCCGCGGAGUAGUUGUGUCUUUUGCUUCUUAGCGACUGAAAGCUUCUCCCUUGAUUAGAUCGUUUUUUGUUGGAUUUUCUUUUGUCCGUUUGGUUUUUCCCUCUCUCUCUGUGUGUGUGUGUGUGUGUGUGUGUGUGUGUGUGUGUGUGUGUGUGUGUGUGUGUGUGUGUGUGUGUGUGUGUGUGUGUGUGUGUGUGUGUGUGUGUGUGUGUGUGUGUGUGUGUGUGUGUGUGUGUGUGUGUGUGUGUGUGUGUGUGUGGUCAGUUUACUGAGGACGUUUCCAGCUGCUGAUGAGAAUAAUGUCAUAAUAGCUUUUCUGUCUCUGGUGUUGAUGGGUCUCAAAAGAGAAGCGUUAAAACUUCCUGUAAAGACGACAAUCGUUUGACUCACUCAAGGAUGAAUUGUAUUCUUCUUUUUUUUUUUUACAGAAUUGACCCACAGCCACCAGCAUCCACUUGUAAAAUGUGUGUUGGGACGACUGUGCACGUCAUGUGUGAUUGUACUCGAUAAAACGUUAUUAUUUUUUGGCGCCGAGGCUUAUGUGUCCCUCUGUUUUUUGGUAUAAUGACAAUCCACAGUGGAUUAUUCUUCAAACAAAAUCUUCAUUAACCUAGCAUGUGUAUCGGAGGUGGUCGACUGCUAUUUUUUUGUUUGUUUGUUUUUUUUCCUUUUCUCAUGAAAUGAAGUUUUUAUUUCUGUGAUGUUUUGUUGGACCUGCUAUGCAUGUUUUUAUGCUCUGGCAUGCUGAGAGUUUUUGGCUUUUUUUCUCUUUUUUUUUUUUUUAAUUUAUUUCUUUCGGUGGAAAUAUUUUAAGCUCAACAGCGUGUCCUGUACAGACUCUACUAUAUAGUUUAAUACCUGCGUAUACGUCUAAAAACCUCCCCCUCCCCCACUAUGACCCAAACAGCAGCAUUUACACUGUAGAUUCUGUGCAACACUACGGCGGUGUGAGGUCUAAUUUGAGUUGUUUUCAUGUAUAAUACAACAAAUACUACAUUU